UUCCACGUGGCCGGUCAUACGCCAAAACAUCCGCGAGACCAUGGUCGACUACGCGGGGCAAGCGCUCGCCGAGAAGAUGAUGCGCAUCAUCUUCAUCGUCUUCUGCACGCCGGCGUGGAUCUAUGGCUUCUUCCAGCAGGACUUUACCUAUCCGCUCUACGCCUGGGGCGCCGCCUGCGCGACGGCCGUCGUCCUCACGCUGCCCAACUGGCCGUACUUCAACCGCAACCCGAUCCAGUGGCGACCGCGCCUGCGCAAGGACAAGGACGAAUGAUAGCUAUGCCGCUAACUUACCAACCCGCACUUAUACUCGAUCAGCACCGA